AUGGUGAGGGGAAAAGUGCAUCUGAAAAAGAUAGAGAACCCUGUACAUCGCAGGGUUACAUUCUCCAAACGCAAGGCGGGACUGUUGAAGAAGGCUACCGAACUCUCUGUUCUCUGCGAAGCUGAAGUUGGUCUCAUCAUUUUCUCGCCCACGGGGAAGCUCUUCGAGUAUGGCUGUCCCAGAAGGCUAACUGCAAGAAGAUUAGAUAAGGAAAUAAAAGGGAGUACAUUGAUAAAUGUAAGUGCUUCCAUUUCUCAAGAAGAAGUUGAUAGAAUCAUGGAGCUAGCCAACAAAAAGGAAUUCAGAAGCAAAAACAGAGUAAACAGGCUUAUGGUUGGCAAGGUUGAGGAAGUAAGAAAAGAAACUAAAGAGAUUUGGAAAAGUCAAAAUCCUCCGGUCGUUCACCUGGAGAUGGUGCAAAUGAAAGGUGAAGAUGCCCAAGAGAUACCUAAAGCUGCACCAAGUGGUGACACUGGUGCACAAGUUGAAGAACUAGAAAAGGAUGUAGGAAAAAGUGAAAUAGAGAAGGACAAGGGAGAAUAG